AUGAAGCCCUCACCCCAUCAUCGGAAGCCAUGGAGACAGUUAGGAUGUCUCUUCCUGGGCUUCCUGACUCUUUCCUGGAGCUCCUGCGCGGUGCGCAGUCCUCCGGGCUGGUGGAGGGCCGGGCGCCCACGGAAGCGGCUGGGAAGCGCUGCAGAGGCCGAGCUCCUGUCGCACCUGGCGGUGCUUUUGCUGCCGGAGGAGCCCAUUGCGGAGCUCUUCCGAGACUUUCCUGUCAAGCAGCCAGGGAGCUGGGGCAAGAGGCACUUGAGCCCAGAUCUCGCAGUCUAUGGUGCCCUGAAGAAGAAGGAUGCGGCCUUAUUCUUGGAGUAUGACGGGUACUACCGACACCAUACACCAGAAGGCAUCGCCGCCGACAUCCGCAAGAGUGAGGCGCUGUUGCGGCAAGCACCGGAAGGAUCCCAAGUGCUCCGCAUAUCCCAUGCCUACCGAGGAUGGGAGCUUGCAUGUGAGACCAGCGAAGUUAUUGUGGAUCCGUGGCAGCCGGGACGUCCCAAGUCACUUGCAAAGGCGGUUCGUCAGAUCGUCCAGGUCGUGAGCAAAAACUUGGGCGGUUUGCUGAGCACUAGUGUGCGAGUGAAGUUGCAAGACUUUUUGGCGAUUCCUGCACACAGCUUAUGCACGUCAGCUGUCGAGUUUACGCGCAAGGCAGUUUCCAGAGGUGACCGCGACCCAUCGCGACUUUUUGAAUUUCUACGGGAGCAGCUUAAUAUGACAGUGUCGCAGUCCGAGAACCUACUGGGAAGACACCCUGCCCUGCAACGUUAUAGUGUUGAAAGCAAUUACCGACCCAUCGUCCAACGGCUUCGAGAUCUGGGACUGCAGACGGCGGAGAUUCUGAAAGUGAUCGGUCGAUUUCCACCGGUUUUAGGGUACAGCAUCGAGGAGACUUUGAAGCCGACGGUCCAGUGGCUUCGAGACCUGGGCCUGAAGAAAGCCGAGAUUGCCAAAGUGAUCGGUCGGUUUCCACAGAUUUUAGGUUGCAGCAUCGAGGGGAAUUUGAAGCCGACGGUCCAGUGGCUUCGAGACCUGGGCCUGAAGACAGCCGAGAUUGCCAAAGUGAUCGGUCGAUUUCCACCGGUUUUAGGGUACAGCAUCGAGGAGAAUUUGAGGCCGACGGUCCAGUGGCUUCGAGACCUGGGCCUGAAGAAAGCCGAGAUUGCCAAGGUGAUCGGUCG